UGUGGAGAAACAUAGUUGUGUAAAUGCUUUCUAUGUAAUAAUGUAAAGAAGACUGAAGAUUUGAUAAAUAAGUAUGAAGUAAAGUUUAAAGUAUUUCAAUGGUCGAAACAUUUUUAAUGAAAACAUUGCUAUUUUUUCUCUGUAACACAUUCUGCACAACGUACGUUCACUGUGAAAGCAUCCAAUUAUGAUAAUUGUAACUAAUUAUACUACAAUUAUGAUGCAAUGUAGUAAAUUAUACUAUUAACUUAUCUUUGACGGACUUUAUGGUGGAAUAAUACACGUAUAUGUGACUCAACUUUAGAAAUGAAAAUGAUACAACAAAUACCCCUCCGGAAAAUUAAAGUCGUGAUACCCGUCUGCGCGUUAUUAUUCAUAUUAUUUGCUGUUUGGCCAACGACAAGUCCACCACGUGAUGUUUCCGCGGGAGAUGUUGGUAGACACGUUUUUUAUAAAAACGUAUCCCGACGAAAAGAAUCUUUUAGAGAGGAGGAACAUAAUUUCAAAACAAAAACCUCUAAAUCGAUAGAUCAUAACAAACAUAUGUGCAAUAAAGUAGUGCCAUUUAAAGACAUUUCCGGCGGAAGGAUAUCUACGUAUGAUUUACCCAAAGAAACAGACUAUAGUCUUGGAGCAGACGGCCUCUACAAGCUUCCGGAAGAAUUCCACCAAUCAAAAGGAACGGACGCCGAGAUUCGUGUCACUCUGGUUCCCUUUUCCCACACUGACCCCGGAUAUGGUCAAACUGUGGAAGGUUACUAUAGUGGAUCGACUAAAAGUGUACUAGACAACAUGGUAGAAUAUCUUAGCAAUAAUAGAAAUAUGACGUUCCAAUGGGUAGAAACGGUGUUCCUUGAAAGAUGGUUCCGUGACAUAACUGAAGAAACUAAGCAGAAGGUACGUCAACUCGUAGCCAGAGGACAGCUCGAGAUCGUGCUCGGAGGGUGGGUCAUGCCUGACGAGGCAAUAACACACUAUGCACCGGUGGUUGACCAGCUGAUUGAAGGUCAUCAGUGGCUGAUGGAAAAUCUUGGCGCCAUACCAGUUAACGCAUGGAUAAAUGAUCCAUUUGGUUAUUCCAGUACAAUGCCAUACUUGUGGAAAAGUAGUGGAAUACAGAACAUGGUGAUUCUCCGUAUUCACCAGGCAAUCAAGCACACAUUAAUGCGCAAAAAGAGCCUCGAUUUCAUGUGGCGGCCAUAUUGGAAUUCCAAGAAUGAAAACGAUAUUUUGUGUAAUCUAAUGCCAUACACUGAGUACUGGAAUAGUAAUGUGUGUGGUCCAGAUAGAAAUGUUUGUAAAAAGUUUAAUUUUCUUCAUUUGAAUACACAUAGACAGGAUGGCGCAGUUCCUGUCACGGAUGCAAAUAUUGAAAGUCUGGCCACUGAAUUGUAUAACAAUUACAAAUUUACAGCAUCAUUUUACAAAUAUAAUCACUUAAUCAUUUUCCUUGGAGAAGACAACUCCUACGACAGAAUACAAAGCUGGUCUGAUACUCAUGAAAACUACGGGAAACUUAUGGCAUACAUUAAUAACAAAGCUGAGUGGAAAAUGAAACUGAAAUUUGGUACGAUUAAAGAUUAUUUUGAAAACAUUCGUAAGGAAGAAAAACAAGCUAUACCUUUGUCAGCUUUUCCAGUUAUAAGUGGUGAUUUCUUUCCAUACUCUGAAAAAGAAAAUGAUUACUGGACCGGCUAUUUCACAACACGCCCGUGGAUUAAGCGUUUAACAAGGGAGAUAGAGCCACUGAUUCGUGCAGGAGAUAAGUACAGUGUUAUAUUAUAUAACAUGUGUAUUGUCUCGAAGAGAUGUACUGAUAUCAAACUUGCCUACAGUGCUAUCCUCAAUGAGCUCAGAACAGCCAGGAGAGAGAUUGGGAUAUUUCAACACCACGAUGGUAUCACUGGAACUUCAUUACCGUAUGUAGUAACUGAUUAUGAAUCAAGAUUAAUGUUAGCUUUUAAAAAUGUCCAGAAAGCACUCACCUCUACAGUGGGCCUCAUAGUGUCAGAUGGAAUCGUUAAGGAGCCAUUUGCAUUAAUUGACAAUAAUGAAAAAUCAGGAGCAAAAAGUAUUCUCACGCCUAAAGUAUAUAGAUUGAAAAACAAGAAACUUAAACUAUACGUAGCAAACCCUUUAGAAAAGGCCCGAAAAUGCUCUGUGAGUUUCUACACUGAUAAAACAGAUUUGUCUGUAUCAGGAGCGUUGUCCCAUCAAAUAGCCGAGUCUAUGUCAUCAAAGUUUGAAAGGUUUAACUUAGUGACAAUAUCCCUCGAUUUGUCUCCCUUAGAAAUCAAGAUGGUCGAAAUGGAGGCUAAAGACGAUGGCACUAAUUUGUCACCAUACUUUGAAGAGGUCAAUAAAUCAUCUGGAGACACAAGGGAAAUAAUGACCAUUGAAAACAGAUUCUUGAAAGUGGAGUUCUUUGGUAUUAAUGGAUCUUUAAAAAGUAUAACAGACAAUUUUGGUAGGAAGACGGAAAUAAAUUGUAACUUUUUGAAAUAUCAACCUGUAAAAAGUGGCGCAUACUUGUUUGGACCAGCCGGGCCAGCAAAACGCAUAACCGAACUUCCGCGACCAGAAGUGUCCGUGUCUAGUGGACCUGUAUAUUCCCAGGUAAUAGUUUCUUAUAAAUCCGGUUUUACACAAAAGUGGAUAUUGUAUCACGCAGACGACAUUAAUGGACAAGCACUCCAUUUAAGACAGGAAAUUACUCUAGAAAUGGAACCGAGGCUCGUUGAGUCGGAAGUCAUUCUUCGUUUUAAAACAGACAUUGAUAAUGGAGACGUAUUUUUCACAGACCAAAAUGGUUUUCAGCUGAUGGGAAGAAAAAACAACAAAACUAGACCAAUCGAGACUAAUUAUUACCCAAUAACAACAAUGGGCAUCAUUGAAGAUCACAUAAAGCGAUUCACACUUCAUUCUGCACAAAGCCAUGGAGUUGCUUCCCUUGAAAACGGUUGGUUUGAAGUAAUGUUAGACAGGAACAUGCGGCAUGAUGACGGGAAGGGGCUUGGACAAGGUGUGUCUGAACGUGUUGCUACGCUAUCUGAAUUUAUUCUACAGAUAGAAUAUAAAAAUGAUCCAUUACAAACACCGGAAGUUAGAUAUACGCAUGCGUCAGUUUUAAGCACCAUUUUAAACGAACAACUCCAAAACAAAGCAUUGCUGUUCUCAGUGGAGCAACAGAACGAGAAAUUCACUCAUGGUCAUUAUCUAGGUCAAAAGCCGCUCUCCUGUGAUAUAACUGUAGUAAGUCUUAGAAACCUUGUCACAAACAAUUUGGAGUACAAUGGCACUAGUAUGGUCUUACACCGGAAGCCAGUGAGUUGUGAGUUUCCAACAAAUGUUACAGGAUGUAGUGUUUCCAAUGAACCUGUGUCAUUAAAAGAGUUUAAGUUAGGUUUAGACUUAAAUGUCCUUGAAAACGAUGUAACAGAGACCUCUUUAACUCAUAUCAAUGAAAUCAGCAGAACAAAACUUUCUGAUGAUGUUAGACCUAAAGCGAAUGAGAUGAGGUCAUUUCUUAUAAAGCCAGACACGUCAUAAAGUAAUCAUAAAGUUUCUUAAAGUAUUAGGAUGUUUAUAUGUGUUUCAAAUAAGAAUGGCAGCUUCCAUUAUUGUUUUUUUUAAAUAUUUGUUUAUAUGUUUUGUAAUAAUUAUUUUGUUGUUUUUAUGUAUUUUUAUAAUUCUAGGAAACAAUUUUAACCGUUUUGUAUUUUAUAAUUUAAUAAUUAAAAUAAAUGAAGAAAAUAUAAUCUUA